AUGGAUUACUAUCAGAGUCUUGAACUCUCACAAGAUUCGACGGCUGAGCAAAUCCGCAGGAAUUACCACCGUUUGGCGUUACGGUUCCAUCCUGACAGGGUGGGAGCUGAGGGGGCGGAGAAGUUCAAAGAAAUACAGUCGGCGUACGAGGUGCUCUCAAAUCCUCGAAAGAGGGAAAUAUACGACAAGUUUGGUGCCGCUGCUCUCGAUAGCCCUUUUGCGGAUGCGCUGAUUAUUCGACACGGAGGGUUUGUGAUCUUUUGCUUUAUAUCAGUUAUGAUAUUUAUAUUGGCCUCGAUGGUUGUUAUUUUUACUGCCUUUAUUGUCUCAUAUGUUGACGGUGGACUGGCGGCGCGUGACGUUAAUACGGUGAACGACCACAGCCGAAGCUACUGGAAUUAUAUAAAGGUAUUUGCACCGCUAUUCAUCGUUGACAUAAUUAUUGGGAUUCCAACGUUAGUUGGCCUUAUUGUGGCGAUUGCCAGUUUUCGGAUAGAUGCUUUCCUAUGGAUGCUGAUCGUCUUGUGUCUCAUUCUAGUUAGUAUUUUUGUGCCUGUGGCCAAAAACGCAAACGACAUGACAUCGUUGCGUGGUGGCAAUGCAUUUUAUGUGUGGCGUCGCUGGCUUGCACCACUGUACAUUGCGAUGGCAUUGCACAUUAUCCUCUGCUUCACUGCAAAGCUCCCGACGAGAAAGAUGUAUGAAGACCUAAAAGCAAAAGGAACUGAGAAGUUGUGGGGAUACCUUAAGUUUUCCUUUGUCUUGGCAAUCUUGCGUGGCUUGUCCCUUGUGGCAUUCAGCGCUCUUAUCGCUUGCCGUGCUGACGAGGUCAUCACGACAAAUUACUUUGUGGUUUUGGCCAUGCCAUUCUACGCCUUUGGGGCCCUGGCUCUUAUUGAAGCGGUGGGGUACCAAAUUGUCAUUCAGCGGACGCAAAAAAAGUUGCAAUCCAGUUGCUGUGCCUACGUCGGGCUGACUUUUUUUGCGGCUGUUGUUGCUAUUGCGCUUGUCUCGAUUUCCUUGGUAGCCAAGCGGCUAAACGACUUGGACAGUGUCCGUAACGGGGGUACGGGAAAGGUACUUUCACUGACUUUGGCCCUCAUUCCUGUGUAUAUUCUCCUUGCCUUCGCCUUCCUUAUGGUGUUGUUUCUUUUGUGCGUCAUGUGUGGUUUACAGGAUCCCCAGUGCGCCGGGUGUUACUACCCUCCCCACAGUAAAGAGGAGGGGGAGGAGCGUGAGGGGCACCAAGAGAGUGAAGCGGUUUCCGGUGAUGAACACGAGCGUAGUCGUGGAAAUGAAGCGUGUGAACAGGCGGGCAGAAAAGAUGGCUGUCGAAAUGACUCUGGAGAUGGCAAUGUGCAGCAGGGAGGUCAUAAUACGCCAGUGGGCACCAAUGACCAGAGUCUCUUGCCUUCUUUCCCUCAGAAGAGGCUCUCGGACGUUGACUAA